CAGUGUGUGAGUAAGGUUGUUUAGUGUGUGUUACAGUGGUGAAAUAUAGUAUUAGAUUUUUAUGCUAGUUUCUUUAUGACAGGAAUUAUGACUUGUACAUUCUACUAUAAAAAUGGAGCCAUGGAAGAAGAUCGAAUAAAUAUAUUUUGAUUGUCAAGAAAUGAAUCAUGGGGAUGUUUUAUCACAAAUGGAGUUAUUGCUCUGUGAGAGACCUGUUCGGAAUCCUGAUUAUUUUAGCGUUCAUAUCUACCAUGAUCAGUGUUCAUAUGAGCCAAUAUCUUCCGUGGCUGCAUAACAACCCAGAUGUAAGCUUCAAUGUGAACGCACGAUUAAAUAUUUAUCGUAAUCUAAAACACAGGGAUUAUCAUGAGGAUUUACUAAAGAAAUUAAGUGCCAGUUCCGUUGGAUUAACAAAAGGAUUAUUGGACAUCGUUAACCGUUUGGCUCAGACUGAAGAAAAAUCUUUACCAAAUCUAGACCAACCUUUUAUUUUAUUGGCUGAGGGGUCCUUGUCUACAGUUCGUCAUGAGAUACCUCUAAUAGAAUCCGUAUUUAAUCGUUAUGGUGUUGAUGUUAGAUUCCAUGUUACAGACGGAAUUGGUAAUUUUGCACAGCACCGUAAACUGCGUGAAGUAGAAGGUUUUUAUGAUGGUAUUGGUUGGUCAGUGUUAAUGUGUUUAAAUAACACGAGUCCUAUAGAACCAUGUUAUAAUACAGCAGAUAAAAUAUUCCUUAAAGAACAUCAACGGGUGAAUGUAAUUCCAGAACUACAAGAAGUAUUAGGGAAUCCCCGAUCAUUCUGCGAUAUACCACCACAAGAUGCAACAGGUAAACGAGUUGAAAAUGAAGAAUUAGAUUGUGCUGUUUUCCCUGAUCAAAAACAAAAAUUAUCGUUAAGAUGUAGAAACCAAUCACUAUGGUUACUGAAGAAAACACCAUCAAUAACACAACCAGAUAUUGUUGAUUGUAAAAAACUUCAAGAUGAUUCUUUCAGAAAAAGUUUUAUGGAGACUAAAGGUGUUGCCGUUAAAUUACCUGAUAAUUUAUAUAAACUAGGUGAUGAACCAAUGGUAGCCAUGUUUAAUGUACUAGUCAUGUCUUUCUCUCCACUUCGUGUUUAUCUACAUCCACAAGCUGUAGCAUGGGAAGGUUUUACAUCAUAUAUCAACAAAAAGCCGCAGAGAACAUUAACUAUUUCCGAGUUACAGUCAGUGAUCUCCGACACGAGAGGAUCGGACCGAUCUGAAACAGCUAUUAACCAAUUAGAAGAGAAGAUUGUUUCAACGCUAAUCAAACUUGAAGCUUUACAUUGGUUAACAAACAACAGAAUACGAUGUCCAACUUGUUUCCAGCUGUUAGACAUGGUGACUGUUUUUAAUACAACAUUUUAUCCCACAAUUCUACAGAUAAAAUCUUCUUCCCAUCAUGGUAAGCAAGCAUCAUUGAAUGAAUAUCUGGUGCGACAAAAAAUCCUUGAAGAUUUAGCAUCCAUGCUGGUUUCUAAGGAUACAGUAACCAUGGAUGUUGCCAGGGGAUUGGAAGAACUUGGAAUUACAGAUAUUUUAGAGAAUCAACAGAUCUGUAAUAAAGAUAGAAGUUUAUGUUUACAUGAAGAUGAUGUACAGUAUGCUUUAAAAAACAGACAGGAACAUUUAAAUAUGGGAAAUUUUAGAAAGCUGUACCCUCUCAGAUCAUCAGUAAAAUAUACCAGUUUGUUGGAAAACAUUUACAAUAAAAAUAAAACAAGUAGACGAAUUGAGAAUGGUCAACAUACGACAUCUAGUCUACAUUCCUACCUGUUGAGUUUAGAGAGAUUCUAUGCUAAUUUUGAUAAUGAAGAUAGGGUUGAAACUUACGAUGACAUGAACAUUCCUAUAGAUUCCAAACAACCAAUAAAAGGUGGCAUAAAAAUAAUGAAUAAAUUGGAGCCAAGAAAAACAGUAAACACAAAUAAAGUACUUGAAAAUUUUACAAGGCCAAAUUGUGAUAAAGAUCCAUCUAGUAUGCCAUAUUUAGGCUACCUAUCAACAUAUCCACCAAUCAAAUUAACACCAGAGUUUUCUCCUCUCGUCACUGAUUAUGAAGCUGUAGUACACUAUGAUGUCAUGUUAUUAACUGUUAUGGCGUUUGCUAAGAGUUGUUCAUCUCAAGCCAGACUUGAAGACAAGCAAGGAGAUAGUGGGAUAUCGAAUAUAACAUUGGGUAUAGGAGAAAAUAAGAUGUGGAUAUUUAUAGUUGAUACUAGUCAUUCUGAUACAUGGGUUGUUAAUACAUAUACUAUAUUAAUAACAAGACAAGAUCCAGAUAUACAGUCAUCAUUCUCUUCUUCUAAACCUCAUCAAAUCUGUAGUUUAAAGCAGGACUGUUCUCUAUCAUUUUCAAUGUGGGAUGCUUGUGGUUUACAGCCUGUAUCAUCUCAUUCUAACUGGAAGUCUUUUACCAACAAUCUAGCAUCAACAUUACCAUCAUGUUCUAGGGGUAACUCUCCAGGUGAAUGGUAUGUUCCUUGUAAUCUGUGUAGAGAUAGCAACAGUUGCUAUUGGAAACAGGCAAUAUGGCAGCCUAAAACAUGUCAACAUAAACGCAUAUCAAGGGAAAAAUUAAAAGAUUGUUUAGCUGGAAAAAAGGUUUUAUUUAUUGGUGAUUCUACUAAUCGUGGUAUACUACAUUAUAUGACAGAACAAGUGAAUGGUUCGCUGUUAGAAUGGGAUAAAACACAUAAUUUAAAAGUCUAUUCUAAUCUCAAUAAUAAUAGAACUAUGUUUAGUUUUGCGUAUUAUCCACAGUUCUGGUUACCAGCUGAACACCGACCUGUAUUUGAUAAAGCUUUAUAUCAACUAAUGAAACGAAGUAUGCCAUUACAGAAUAACAGUAAUACAGUUUUAGUGAUGGGUGGUGUUCAUUGGUUGGGAAAACACCAUAUUAAUGUUGUUAAAAAGGCAUUAAAUAGAGAGGGUCUUACAGGUAUUAGACUGGUAUUAAAGGGAUUAGGUGCAGGAUUUCAUCAACCUGUUAGUGGUGUCCAUUGUUUAUCACAGCCUGACCAUGAAAAAUUAUUAAACCACAAUAGAGUACUACUAGAUUAUGCAACUAAAAAUGGCUACCAUGUAGUCGAUACAUUUAAUAUGACAAUGGCGAGAUAUAAAGACUUCCUACAAGGAAAAUGUGCUUGCCAUUUCCAUAGGGUUUCCAUGAUUAAGAACCAAAAUUCUUUCCAAUCCAAAUCUUCCAAACCGUCCACAUAUCAGCAGCCAGCUUAUCAUGUAGAAGGGGAGAUAAAUGCAGUUUAUUCAGAAAUAACUAUCAAUGAAAUCUGUCAACCUGACCUGUCAAAUGAAGAAUUUUCAGUGUAGAUCUGAAUUGUUUUGUUGAGAGUUAACAUCUCUACAAUCAGAGUCAAAAUCCCCUAAAAAGUAGUCGUUAAAGUGCAAUAAAAUAAGUUUUACUUAAUAUGUUAAUAAAAUUGUAUCUCACAAUAGGCAUGUGUUCACAUUAACUGUGUUUAUAUACGCAUAAUAUUCAAGUUUAUUUGGUAUCACAAUUUAUUUUUUUUCAAUAUUUAUUAUUUUAGCAUAAUCUUUUAUUAAAAUUUUAAAUAAUGAUAUUCAUAUUAUUCUAAAUUGGAAUGUUUAAAAACAAAAUAGUCCAGGCAUUUUUACGAGUAUGAUGAUAACGUCAUUGUAUAACAGUUUGUAUUUAUGAAUUAUUUAUUCUAUAUAGAUCGGUAUGUCCAACCAUAUUUCAUAUGGUAUAUUACUAUUUAAUUUUAAGGUUUUAAUUUUAUAGUCAAAUUGUUGAAGAAUGUACUUUAAUUGGAAAUGAAAUGAAAUGAAAUGAAAUGGGGUUUAACGUCCUACUGUUCUGCUCCUAAACUGGGCUAAUGAAGACGGGCAUACGCCAUACAGUGUGCUAUGAGGGAAAUUUUGCCCGGGCAGCGGCACUACGGCCUACUCUUAUAUCGAAUUCCAACUGCCAAGGGAUCUUUUACGUGCACGCCAAUGUGUACACGGGACCUCAGUUUUGUCAGGCCCUCCAUCCUGCAUCACUGACAAGGGGGAAACCACACCGGAAAAUCUGAAUGAACUUUCUCGGCCAAUGCAGGGAUCGAACACCUGACCUCUAGGCUAGCGAGUCAGUGUCUUACCCACUAAGCCACGUGAUCCCCACUUUAAUAGGAAUUGGUUGUAAUAUUCAAGUUGUUGACAAAUGUACUUUUAGUUUAAUAGAAGUAAUUGAAAAAUCUAGUACUGUAAUAUUAAGAUAAAUUGUUGACCUUUAACCCUUUUUUUACUGGUCAAUAUGGUUAUAAUUUUCUUUCAAUAACUCACCUGCGCAUUAGGAGUCUUUAGCAAAGGAUGGAAACCAUAGGAAAAACACAAAGCUGGACAGGUGACCCUACUCCUUGUCACGUACAAAGUUCGGAUCAAAUCCCAUGCCACUAGACAUUAUUAUCUGAACCGCAAGCGUUGGCCCCCAUCCCAAAUGGUUAAGUAAAGAAUGUGAAAUUAAAAUAGUUAAUAGUCAAAGUAUUGCACAGAUACGUUAUCCAGAAUUAUUUUUAAAUAUGUAUUUCCAUGUUGCCAAAGACAUAUCCAUUUAUAUUUGUAUAUUAUGGUAAAUGUGUAUGUAUAUAUAUGAUAAAAGUAUAUUAUAUAUAUUUGUUAUAUUUUAUAUUGUUUUGUAAUGUAUUGUUGAAGUAUAUUAAUUAUUCACACAAUAAAUGGACCAUGACAUAUUUUUAUCAUAAAU